AAAGAACAUACGAUACACUGUCUAGCCACACAUUAUACACCUUACUCGACAGUAACUGCAACGAAGGCAGUGCCAACUAUAUUGGCCACCGAGCGUAAGCUUGAACGCAGCAGGGAGCCACGGACAUUGUCAGCCGCUGGGAGAAUGAGGGAUGAGCACAGCCAGAGAUGGAUACCGUGCUCCAAGGCCAGAAGACCCAUACGCCGACAAUGACGACUUGGAUCUGGACCAGGACGAGCUUGACCCUAGACCCGUGAUAUCAUCACGCAAAACAAGUGCAAGCCGCAUUAGCCUCGACUUUGGCGGACGGAUACCGCUGCGCAACCUGCGCUUCGGCGGCAGACGAAGGCCGAAGGAUGAAGAUGCGGAGGACCGAGAGGCGCUGGUUGGUGGCGAUGAGAACGCGCGCAGAAGCAGCGCAGGACAGGAUGGGAGGCCGGAAGGUUUCACGAGCGACAGCGGCGUGAGGCGCUUCUCACAGUCACUCUUCGAUCUUGGUGAGUCUGGGAAGGGGCGCAAAGGCAUAUGGCGCUUCCUACCUUUUGCAGGCGGGAAACGUGGUCUCCCUCUGCCAUCAGCGGAAGCGGUGGAGGAGCCCGAAGAGGACCAUGACCCAUCAGCCACCCGCUUGAUCUCCGUGGGUCGAAAACAGGCAGCACGCUUUCCGCCGAAUGCCGUCAGUAACGCGAAGUAUACGCCUUGGUCGUUCUUGCCACGGACGCUAUGGAACGAAUUCAAGUUCUUCUUCAACAUGUACUUCCUGCUCGUCGCACUGUCGCAGAUUGUCCCGGCGUUGAGGAUAGGCUAUUUGAGCACCUACAUUGCGCCGCUAGCUUUCGUGAUGGGCAUCACUCUGGGCAAGGAAGCAUACGACGACAUCUAUCGGCGAAAGAGGGACCGCGAGGCGAACAGUGAAGCCUACAAAGUGCUGCGAUUUGAGGAUGCUACCGCAGCGGCACCGGAACCUCAUGGCAGCAAGAAGAGGAAGAUCAAGAGCAUAUCUGAGCGCAAACGCGGCAAGCGAAGAAGAGUGUCCGAUGUCGACGGUAGGCUGUCGGACGGCGAGCGCGAGGAGCUAGCUACGGAGGAUUUCUCAGCGCCUUCCUCAAGCGUACGAGAAGUCAUUAAGCCGAGCCGUGAUCUCAAGGUAGGCGACGUGCUGGUACUUGGCAAGGAUCAGCGUGUUCCCGCAGACGUCGUCAUACUGAAGAGCUUCUCUACCGAGGCAGCUGCGAUGGAAGAUGAGGAUGCGGGCUCGACUGGCGGCGUUUCGGAUGCCUCGACGCUUGUUGACAUGGGCGAAAAUGCCGCGCAACCCGCCAAGCAGAUAGAGCAGGAAGCUGCUAAAGGCGUAACCCUAGACGAUCAGACGACUACCGAAGACGCAUCAGGCGGCGGCGAAGCGUUUAUACGCACGGACCAGCUGGAUGGCGAAACGGACUGGAAGCUGCGACUUGCAUCGCCGCUUGCUCAGACACUGCCGGCUAGCGAAUAUAUUCGGUUGAAAGUGACUGCUGGCAAGCCCGAUAAAAAGGUCAAUGAGUUUGUUGGGACCGUCGAACUCCUGCCGAAGUCGACUAGGCAGCCUUACGAUCCACCGGUUAGCAAAGAUGUCAGCGGUGAACAACCGCUUGAUGCCGCUACGCGACAAAAUUCAAGCCCGUUGAGUAUAGAUAACACGGCCUGGGCGAACACAGUGCUUGCUUCGUCAACCACUGUGCAUGCUAUGGUAGUCUACACAGGCCCGCAGACACGCGCCGCAUUAUCAACGUCACCUUCGAGAAGUAAGACCGGUCUUCUGGAAUACGAAAUCAACAGCUUAACGAAGAUUCUAUGCUUCUUGACCGCUGCGCUGUCGGCAUUACUCGUACUGCUCGAGCGGGUAGAGGGGCUCGAUGCCAAUCAGCGGAAGUGGUAUGUCGCCUUCAUGCGCUUUCUAAUCCUUUUCAGCACAAUCGUGCCCAUCAGUCUCCGGGUCAAUCUGGAUAUGGGCAAGUCAGUCUAUGCGUGGUUCAUUCACCGUGACGCAGGUAUACCGGGCACGGUAGUGCGGACAAGCACUAUUCCGGAAGAUCUGGGCAGGAUUGAGUAUCUGUUGAGCGACAAGACUGGCACACUGACCAGGAACGAGAUGGAGCUGCGGAAGGUUCAUGUCGGUACCGUGAGCUAUGGCGGUGAUGCUAUGGAGGAGGUGGCAAGCUACGUUAGGCAAGCAUUCGCAUUGUCGGAAGGCGCACCCAAUAAUACUCUCUGGACGCCUUCAGUCGGCUUCGGUGGAUUGGACUCGACAACGCGUACACGAAGAGAGAUCGGUACGAGAGUCAGAGACCUGGUGCUUGCGCUGGCGCUGUGCCACAAUGUCACCCCUACCACCGAAGACGGUGAGAAUGGACAAGCGAUAACCUCAUAUCAAGCCAGCAGCCCUGACGAGAUUGCCAUCGUGCAGUGGACCGAGGCCGUGGGUCUGCGGCUGGCGCAUAGAGACCGCAAAAGCAUCAGCUUGAGAUUGACGCACGACGGCCGCAUUGUCGUGCGAGUGGCGAUACUCAAUGUCUUUCCUUUCACUAGCGACAGUAAGCGCAUGGGCAUCAUUGUGCGCUUCUUUCGCGAUGCCGACGGGAAAAGUACGGAUGGUGAGACUGUCUUCUACCAGAAGGGCGCAGACACAGUCAUGUCAUCGAUCGUUGCGGCGAACGAUUGGCUAGAUGAAGAGACUGGCAAUAUGGCGCGCGAAGGCCUGCGGACGCUAGUUGUCGGUCGCAAGAACUUGAGCCGCGAGCAAUAUACGACGUUCAGCAAAGCCUAUGCUGAAGCAAGUCUGAGCCUCAGUAACCGCGAUGCUGCGUUGGCACAAGUUGUGAAGCAGCAUCUCGAGAGCAAGCUUGACCUUCUAGGCGUGACCGGCGUCGAAGACAAGCUGCAACCUGGCGUCAAACCAUCACUCGAGCUUCUACGAAACGCGGGCAUCAAGAUAUGGAUGCUAACGGGUGACAAAGUCGAGACGGCACGUUGUGUAGCUGUAUCCUCCAAGCUUGUAAGCAGAGGCCAGUAUAUCCACACCAUUGCCGGCCUAAAGAAGAAAGGAGCGGCACUCGAUGCGCUGGGUAUGCUGCAUAGCCAGCAGAACGCUGCCCUGCUUAUCGACGGACAGAGUCUGGCCAUCUAUUUGAAGCACCAUCGCGAAGCUUUCAUACAAGUCGCCGUCCGCCUGCCGGCCGUGAUCGCGUGUCGCUGCAGUCCUACGCAGAAAGCGGAGGUUGCGCUCUUGAUUCGCGCCUUUACCGGCAAGCGCAUCGCCUGCAUUGGCGACGGCGGCAACGACGUGUCCAUGAUCCAAGCCGCUGAUGUCGGAGUCGGCAUCGUGGGCAAAGAGGGCAAGCAGGCCUCGCUCGCAGCAGACUUCAGCAUUACGCAGUUCGCGCAUCUGACGAAGCUGCUGGUAUGGCACGGCCGGAAUAGCUACAGGCGUUCCGCCAAGUUAGCGCAGUUUGUGAUGCACCGCGGUCUGAUCAUCAGCGUCUGCCAGACCGUCUUCAGUAUUGCAAGUCGUUUCGAGCCGAUCGCUCUGUACCGUGACUGGCUGCUGGUGGGCUACGCGACGGUGUACACCAUGGCUCCGGUCUUCUCGCUUGUGCUCGACCGCGAUGUGGACGAAGGCCUGGCCAAUCUGUAUCCCGAGCUAUAUAAGGAGCUUACCACUGGUCGGAGCUUAAGCUACCGCACCUUCUUCGUGUGGGUCGCUAUCAGCAUCUACCAAGGUCUUGUCAUCCAAGGCGGCUCAGAGGUGCUGGUGCCAGACUACUUGGAUGCGUCUUCGCCCAACAUGCCGCCGUCGACAGAUACCGUAGGCUUCAAGCGCAUGGUGGCAGUCUCUUACACGGCCCUGAUCGUCAACGAGAUCUUGAUGGUCGCGAUUGAGAUCACAACGUGGCACCCGAUAAUGAUCUUCAGCAUAGCGGGAACAGCGGCUUUCUACUUUGGCAGUCUGCCCUUCUUGGGCGAGUAUUACGACCUAGGAUACUUGCUGCGUAUGAGCUUUUGGUGGCGAUUCGUGGCGGUUACGGCUGCGAGUCUAAUACCAGUGUAUGCGGGCAAGAUUAUACGAAGGACUGUGAAACCGCCCAGUUACCGCAAGAUACGAGGUGUGUAGGAGUAUUAUAUUGUACAAUAUUGUUACGUCACCUCAAUUCAAGGGUGUUAUCAAGCUACAUCCCAAUCCAGUAA